ACAGCUAGCUGCACGAGAGGACCUCAGCUCUGACUCCGCAGCGCGCGCGCGCGGUACGACAUCAAACUUCAACACGGGACGAAAUGAAGCGACUCCGGCUCGUGCUUCUGACCGCGUUGCUAUGGCAAUGCGGCCAUGCCCAGCAGAGAGGACUGUUCCCGGCGGUGUUGAACCUGGCGUCCAUGGCAGACAUCUCCGCUAAUGCAACCUGUGGUUCACAGGGUCCAGAGAUGUUCUGUAAGCUGGUGGAACAUGUACCAGGCCGGCCUAUUAGAAACCCUCAGUGUCGAAUCUGCAACCAAAAGAGUACACAACCACUUGAACAACACCCCAUAGAAUAUGCCACAGAUGGGACGAACCGUUGGUGGCAAAGUCCCUCUAUCAAGAAUGGAAUGGAGUACCACUAUGUGACUAUCACUCUGGACUUAAAACAGGUUUUCCAGAUCGCCUAUAUGAUCCUGAAGGCAGCCAACUCACCUCGCCCAGGUAAUUGGGUCUUGGAGCGUUCGAUAGAUGGUGUGACCUUUGAUCCCUGGCAGUACUACGCAAUCACAGACACAGAGUGCCUGACAAGGUUCGACAUUAAUCCACGGACUGGACCUCCAUCCUACACCAGAGAUGACGAAGUUAUCUGCACAUCUUUUUAUUCAAAGAUUCACCCUCUGGAGAAUGGAGAGAUCCACACGUCUUUGAUCAAUGGCCGGCCCAGUGCAGCCGACCCAUCCCCGACCCUGCUGAACUUCACCUCUGCCCGCUACAUCAGGCUGGUGUUUCAGCGAAUCAGAACACUGAACGCCGACCUCAUGACUCUGGCACUCCACGGUCCGAAAGAUAUCGAUCUCAUCGUGACGAGACGGUACUACUACUCCAUUAAGGACAUCUCAAUUGGAGGGAUGUGUAUCUGUUACGGCCACGCCAAAGCUUGUCCACUCAACACUCAUACAAAGAAGUUUAGCUGUGAAUGUGAACACAACACAUGCGGGGAGAGCUGUGAUCGUUGUUGCCCUGGUUACCACCAACAGUCCUGGAUGGCAGGAACCUUCCUCACCCGACAUGUCUGUGAGAAGUGUAACUGCCACGGUAAGGCAGAGGAGUGCUACUUUAAUCAGACAGUAGCAGAUCUGUCACUCAGCCUGAACAGCCAAGGUCAAAACAGUGGCGGCGGAGUCUGUAUUGGCUGCGGCGACAACACAGCUGGAAUCAACUGUCAGACAUGCGUCGAUGGGUUCUACAGACCCGCUGGGGUGAGCGCUGAGGAGGAGAACCCCUGCAUCCCCUGCACAUGUGACUCACACGGUUCCAUCAGCCAAUCGUGUGUCGCAGAUUCAAGCACGGCUACGCCCAUUCUGCCAGCGGGGUCAUGCCGGUGCAAGGAGGGUUUUGGAGGUCUGCGAUGUGACAGGUGUGCAGUUGGUUAUAUGGGCUUCCCGUCCUGCCAGCGCUGUAACUGCAGUGUGGAAGGAAGCACCAACGAUGACCCAUGCGUAACACCCUGCGUGUGCAAGGAAAACGUGGAAGGAGAAAACUGUGACCGCUGUAAACUGGGAUUCUAUAACCUCCAAGGUGACAAUCGACGUGGCUGCGAAAAGUGCUCCUGUAUGGGCGUUUCCAGUCAGUGCUCUGCCUCCACGUGGACAUAUCACAUUGAGACCACUCUGACCGGCUGGCACCUGCUGGGAGAAACAGGAGGAAGAGUGUGGUCCGUUCACAGACAGACACCUCCGUAUCUCAGCGUCCGACACUCGGACGUUGUGAAUGAUCUUGGCUCCGCCUACUACUGGAACGCGCCUGGUCUAUACCUGGGAAACAAGCUUUCAGCCUAUGGAGGGAGUUUGGUCUACACUGUGUCUUAUACGACUGACCAACAAGAACAAAUGGCCAUAAGAGUGACCUCACAACCUGACCUAGUCAUUGAGGGAGGCGGGAUCAAGAUUAUUGACAGACGGUUUGGCCAGCCAGUGUACCCGUCCUCGCCAAGCACCAAUCGCAUCGCUCUCCUUCCAGAGAAUUUCCUGGUUUCAGAGAGCGCACAGCCGAUUAGCCGGAGGGAUUUUCUGUCUGUGUUGACCAGCGUGACCAGAGUGAUGGUGCGGGCCUCUUAUAGCACAGAACCCAGCGCUGUGUACAGACUCCACUCAUUCUCAAUGCAGGUAGCUAAUCCCUCUGCCAGAGGAGAGAGGAAAGCAUCAGCUGUAGAGAGCUGCUCUUGUCCUCCUGGAUAUGCUGGAACUUCCUGUGAGACGUGUAUUCCCGGGUUUCGGAGGGUUAACGGGAAUCUGUACAAUGGUGUGUGUGAAGCUUGUCAUUGCCAUGGACACGCGUCUGAAUGCCACGAGCUCACCGCACACUGCCUGGACUGCUCCCACCACACCACAGGCCCACACUGUGACUCCUGCCUACCUGGUUAUUAUGGCAACGCCACCCGAGGGUCACCUGCGGACUGUCAGCCCUGCGCCUGCCCACUCAAUCUUCCAAGUAACAAUUUCAGCCCCACCUGCCACCUAGGUGAAGAAGGGGAGUUGCUGUGCGACCAGUGCCAGCCUGGAUACACAGGACCACGAUGUGACAGAUGUUCCAACGGGUACUACGGCCAGCCCGCCGUGCCAGGGAGAUCCUGCCAGCCCUGUGAUUGCAACGGCAACCUGGACCUCUCCACGCCGCGUAGCUGUGAUCCAAUCACGGGCCAGUGUCUGCGCUGUCGUCAAGGCUACGGCAGCGCGUCUUGCCACAGUUGCGCUGACGGUUACUACGGAGAUGCCAUCAUCGCAAAGAACUGCCAGCCCUGUCAGUGCCAUACUAAUGGGUCUGUAUCUGAGCUCUGCAACAAGGAGACUGGACGGUGCCAGUGCAGAAAAAAUGUGGUUGGACGACAGUGUGACGAGUGCAUACCUAACUGCUGGUGGGAUGCUGAGCGUCAGGAUUGUAUUCCCUGUCGCUGCAGCCCUCACGGCUCUAUGUCUCAGCGCUGUGACAUCGAGGGCCGCUGCAUCUGUCGCCCCGGCUUUGUGGGCCAACGCUGCGACCUGCGUCGCCAAAGUUACGAGAGGCGGGAGACCCGGAGGCCGGUGGAGCGGGUUCCCAUAGAAGUCGUGCAGCAGAGAUGGGGGGGGUCCUCCCGCACGGGGGGUUGUCCCAGGGGUGCAUACAGGCCUAAGAAAGGGGCCCAGACCCACGGCAUUAGCACAGGUGGAGUGUGUGUCCCGUGUCACUGUAACUCAUUUGGUUCCAAGUCAUUUGACUGUGAUGAAACCGGUCAGUGUCGGUGUCAGCCGGGCGUCGGCGGACCCAAAUGUGACCGGUGCUCACGAGGAUUCUUCAACUUCCAGGAGGGCGGCUGCACACCCUGUCAGUGCAGUCAUGUGGGGAAUAACUGCGAUUCUAAUACAGGACAGUGUAUCUGUCCUCCAAACACUAUUGGUGAGAGGUGCGACUACUGUGCUCCCAACCACUGGGGCCACGAUAUCAUUACUGGAUGCAAGGCGUGUGGCUGCAGUGUGAUCGGCUCAGUGACCCAGCAGUGUAACGUCAACACAGGCUGCUGCAUGUGUCGCGACUCCUUCAGAGGAGAGAAAUGCAACGAAUGUCGAAUUGGAUACAGAGACUUUCCUCAGUGCACCCAGUGCGAGUGUAACGUCUCAGGAUCGGACAGCCAGACCUGCGACCUGGAGAGACAAGUGUGUGCCUGCGCCGAUCGAACUGGAAAGUGUAACUGCAAGGCAAACGUUGAAGGAGACAACUGUGACCGCUGUAAGCCAGAUACAUUUGGGUUGUCUGUACGAAACCCGCACGGCUGCAGCAACUGUUACUGUUACGGACUGACACACUCCUGCACAGAGGCGCAAGGACUCAUCAGGAUGUGGCUGGCGCUGAAACCUGAGCAGACGGUGCUGCCCCUGGUGGAUAAAUCCAACACUGUGGAGACGAGGAGAGGAGUGAGCUUCCAGCAUCCUGAGAUCCUCGCUCACACAGAGCUGGUCACCUCAACACUCUCUGAACCCUACUACUGGAAACUGCCGGAGCAGUUCAGAGGCUCUAUGAUCACAGCAUAUGGUGGGCAGCUGAAAUAUGCAGUGUACUACGAGGCCAGAGAGGAAACCGGGCCUUCCUCCUAUGAGCCUCAGGUCAUCAUUAACGGCGGUCCCAACCGCAACAUACUGAUGACACGCAAUGUACCGGGACUCCAGAUUGGUCAGCUCACUCGCCACGAGAUCGACAUGACAGAGCAUGAGUGGAAGUAUGCAGAUGGCAGAUCCAUGACUCGAGAGGACUUCAUGGAUAUUUUGUUCUAUGUGGACUACAUCCUAAUUAAGGCAUCACACGGCAACUUGAUGAGACACAGCCGUAUUUCAGAGAUCAGUCUAACAGUGGCCGAAGAAGGCAGACCAACCAAAGAGAGCGAGACAGCACAUCAGAUAGAGAAGUGCGAAUGUCCAAUCGGAUACUCCGGACUUUCUUGUGAGGAGUGUGCUGCAGGUUUCUACCGUCUUCGCGCCGGUUCCCUGACAUCUGCUUCAGCGUCCAGACUGCCAACCGCUGCCGGCAUGGGCAGCUGUGUUCAGUGCCAGUGCAGUGGGCACUCUUCCACCUGUGACCCUGAGACAUCCAUAUGCCAGAAAUGUCAAGACAACACAGAGGGUGAUCGGUGUGAACGCUGCGCUCCGGGAUUCUACGGUGUGGUCCGAGGUUUCCACGAUGACUGUAAACCGUGCGCCUGUCCCCUCACCAAUUUCAGUGCAGCCUGUGUAACGGAGGGAUAUGAUGACUACCGAUGUACAGCCUGUCCUGAGGGAUACGAGGGCAAACACUGUGAGAGGUGUGCUACUGGUUACCAUGGUAACCCGCAGAUGCCAGGCGGCCGCUGCGAGGAGUGUAAGUGUUCCUUAUGGGGGGCGCUGCCUGGACCGUGUGACCCUGUCACAGGCCAAUGCCGUUGCCGGGUCGGGGCAUCGGGGAAGUCGUGUGACCAGUGCAUGGACAGGCAUGUGUGUGGACCAGCUGGGAUCAUCUCCUGUGAUGACGAGUGCUCGGGUCUGUUGAUCAGUGAUAUGGACCGCCUGUAUCGCAUCAUCACUGAUGUCACCCUGACCACGCCCCUCCCACCACCGUAUAAAAUGUUGUACCGCUUCGAGAACAUGACCGAGGAACUCAAGCACAUGCUGUCACCUCAGAAAGCUCCGGAGAGAUUACUGCAACUGGCCGACUCCAACCUUGGAUCACUGGUUGUUGAGAUGGACCAACUACACAGCAGGUCCACUAAGGUAUCUGCUGACGGAGAGCAGGUUGAGGAUGAUGCUGACAGGAUUCAUAAACGAGCUGAGGACCUGGAGCAGUUCAUCAGGGACACACUGCUGGGAGCUCAAGACCUCCAGUCGAAGGCUGCCACCUUGAACCAGACUCUCUCGAGGAGAGAUGGAACUCCAGAAAAAAGCCUGAAGGAGAUGAAGGAGGAGAUCCAGGCCAUACUCGCCGAGAUGAGAAAACGACAGCUGGGAGGGAAGAAGAGCAUCGCCGAGGAAGAGAUGGACCUAGCAGAGGAGUUGUAUCAGAAAGUGAAGAGAUUAUUUGGCGACCCCCAUCAGGCCACAGAAGACCUAAAAGCAGAGAUAAAAGAGAAGCUCUCAGACCACGGGGGGAAGCUGCAGGAUGCCCAGGACCUACUCCACUCAGCCCAGGGAAAGACGAGACAGGCUGGCGCACUGGCUGAACAAAACCAAGCUAACCUCACGGCCCUGGAGAGAAAGCGCUCUGCGGUGAGCGGGGUGAAACAGGAAGCACAGGAGGUCCUUGGAGAAGGAGAACGUCUUCUGGAUGAAGCAAACCAGCUUUCUGACAACAUCAACAAGGAGAUAGAGGACUUGGAGGAGAUGGGUAGAGAGCUGGGUCCUCUUCAUGACCAGCUGGAUGAUGAAGUCAGUCACCUCACCAGUGGUUUAAGUGAUGGCAGCCUGGCUAAUCACGUCCACGACGCAGAGAAGCACGCCAAGCAGCUGAACGAAUCUGCUGCUAUUUUGGAUGGUAUUUUGGCUGAAGCUAAAAAUCUCUCCUUCAACGCAACAGCUGCCUUCAAGGCCUAUAGCAACAUUAAAGCAAACGUUGAUGCAGCAGAGAAGGAGGCGAAGGCAGCCAAACAGAGGGCAAGUGAGGCACUUGCACUGGCUUCAGAUCCAGAGGUCCCAGUGAAGGAAGCAGCUCAAGCUGCCCUUCAGAAGAGCUACAGACUGCUAAACCAAGCUAAACAACUUCAAAAUGAUGUCAAAGAGAAUGCAGACGGUGUGGCGGGGCUGAAGGGCAGAGUUAAAGCAGCGAGAGACAAAACCAAAGACCUGCUGAAAGCUGUCAACGGAACCAUGGCAACGCUCAACGCGAUCCCCAAUGACACAGCAGCUAAGCUAGCAGCCACAAAGGCUGUAGCAGCGGAUGCCAACGCCACGGCCAUAGACGUCCUGGAGCGUCUUGGGGAUUUGAACCUGCAACUCCACGGCCUACAGAGGAACUACACCGAGCUGGAGGACACUGUCAAUGCAGCCAAUCAGAUGAUCCAGGACCCAGAAAAAAACACCAUCAUACACGCUGCAGGAGCUAAAGUGAAGGAUUUAGAGGAUGAAGCUGACAGGCUCUUGGAGAAGCUGCAGCCAAUCAAAAAGCUGCAGGACAAUUUAAGGCGAAACAUCUCGCAAAUCAAGGAACUGAUCAACCAAGCUCGGAAACAAGCAAACUCAAUUAAAGUGUCCGUGUCAUCAGGUGGUGACUGUCUCCGUAGUUAUCGCCCUGAUAUCAGGAAAGGGAGGUACAACACCAUCAUCCUUAAUGUUAAAACCACCACACCUGAUAACCUGCUCUUCUACCUGGGAUCAGCCAAAUAUGUAAGUAUGCGAUUUACUGAAUAUAUAGCACAAAUUAGCACAAGAAAACCCAAAUUGUCUGUUAGAAAAUAUGUCAUUGUCAAAAUGCUUUCAAUUGUAUGCUCAGUCUCAUUCAUUUGUAGAUAUUUUUUGGAGGCUUAUGUGAACCUCAACUAUAACCAGAGCAUCAAAUUCAAAGCCCUUUUCUCAUACAUCAACCUUAAAUUUACCUUCUACAUCUUAUCUCCAGCUCUGGGUCAUGAGAGUAGUAUGGAUUUACAGAUUUCCACAGAUAAUGAAGUUUUUCUCCAUCUCCUGCAGCCCUACCUCUCAGUCCUGCUGAACAAAGGCUCUCUCGAGGUCUUGUUGUUUACCGGCAGCAACAGUCCGCGUCGUGUCAUCAGACGACCUGAGCAAGGCAUACUGAAUGAUGGGAGGGAGCACUCGCUGCGCAUAGAGAGGCUAGCUGGCAGAUCUUUUGUAGUUCAGGUGGACGAGGAGGCCAAGAGGGAGGCAGCGCUUCCCAACGACCAGCCAGUGAGCUUGCAGCGCAUCUUCCUCGGUGGUAUUCCUGCAGAAGUAGAGCAGACCUCCAACAGAGUCAACGUCCCAUUCCAGGGAUGUAUAUGGAACCUCAUGGUCAACGCUGUUCUCUCAGAUUUCUCCCUGCCUGUGUCUUUUGAGAAUGCCGAAAUCGGCCAGUGCCCCAACCUCGCCCCUCCACCACCACUCCUGCCAGAAGAGGAGGAGCCAGAGAAGGAAAAGGAAGCGUCGAAGCCAUUCAGUCCUCCACUGAUCGCAACCACAGUUGCUCCAGGUCCUCCUGCUGAGGCCACGCCCCCUGCCGCACCUGCUGCCACACCCACUGCUGCUGCAGCCCCGCCCACUGCUAAACAGGAGCCCAGCGCCGACGUGGAUUCAUGUGCAUCAGCUGUGGCCCCGACAGCCCUGGAGAAGGCCUAUCAAUUUGGUCUGACCAGGAACAGUCACAUGGGAUUUGCUUUUGAUGACACAAAAGUCAGAGAGAGGCUAAUAUUGGAGUUUGAGCUGAGGACGAAGGAGGAGUCUGGGCUCGUUCUCUACAUGGCAAGAAUCAACCAUGCAGACUUUGUUGCCAUACAGAUCAAGGACGGACAAGUUUGUCUGGGUUACGAUCUUGGUCACGGAAACAUAUCUAGCUGCGUCCCCUUCUCCAUUAAUGAUGGCAACUGGCACAAGAUCCGUGUGAGUCGGAACAAGCAGAGAGGGCUACUUAUGGUUGAUGGGCGAUACAGUAAACAGAUGAUCAGUCCAAAGAAGGCUGACCUGUUAGACGUGGUUGGAAUACUGUAUGUUGGUGGAUUACCACAAACCUACACCAGCAAGAGAAUAGGACCGAUUCUCUACAGUAUCAAUGGAUGUAUCCGUCACUUUAAGAUGGUUGGAGGUGCGGUAAGCACCAAGCCUGCAGCUACAGGCCGCUCUGAGGCGGUUGUUGAGGACUUUAAAUUGAACAUGGCCGCACCCACCUCCAGUCACAUGAUAGGAAGAUGCUUUGUUGCCACUGAGACUGGCACCUAUUUUGAAGGGACUGGCUACCUGAAAGCAGUCUCUUCUUACAGAGUAGGUCUGGAUGUGUCGAUAGCAUUAGAGUUCAGGACCAGCAGAACCAGCGGAGUGCUCCUAGGCAUCAGUAACCAAGCAAACGAUGGACUGGGACUAGAGAUCGUCGAUGGCAAGCUGCUCUUCCAUGUUGACAACGGAGCUGGACGGUUUACAGCGGAGCACGCGCCUGCGGGCGAGGGCUUCUGCGACGGCCAGUGGCAUUCUGUCACUGCCAAGAAGCUUCGCCACAGGGCGGAGCUGGUGGUCGACGAGAAUCGGAGCCAAGCAGAGAGUCCGAACGCACGCUCCAACACAUGUGACACAAACGACCCCAUCUACGUUGGAGGAUAUCCGGAUGGAGUACGCCAGGCAGCUCUCUCCACCAGGACUUCCUUCAAAGGUUGUUUGAGGAACCUGAAGAUCACCAAAGCUUCUAAGACCAUGGAAGUGCAGUUCAACAAGGCUCUAGAGAUUAAAGGAGUCCAGCCUCUCUCCUGUCCUGCAGUAGCUGCCUGAACCUGCACUGGGCACAAUGUUUGUAUCAAUGAGUAAAACACACACACCUUAUUUUGUGCAGGUGUGAGGUCCCAAAAGUAGGUAACAGCUGCAUCACAGGGACUCGAAACGUCUUAAUGCUUCCUUUCAAAAUCAGUUUUUCUUCAAUUAAUUAAGCAAGAGUUUCAAGGCCAGAUUGGCUCUUUAUUAAGUACAGAGGUGUGUGUCUUUGAAUAAACCUCUCCUGUAAGUGUGGCUUGUACCACAGAAUUAGUGCCGGACUAUCUGAUCGAGGCUGUAGCCAAAGUUACCCGAAUGCAGUUUUCAAAGACGAGAAGAAAACCAGACUCUACAAAACAUUUUCUUAAAAGUUCACCCUCGCAUUGGCAGUAUGAGACCCUGACUUCAUGCACAGUGUAAGACUCUGGUCAAUACAUAUAUCCUGGUGACAAAUUAGGAACUCAAACUGUUUUAAAAUGUGUUUUUGUCCACUAUGCAAAGGAAGGUAUUAGUUUUAAGACCUGUGCUGUUGUUACAGGUGCUAACAGUGUUCAAGCUAAUGACAUGUUGUAAUGUGUGUGAGCAUGAGAGCAUUAAAUCAGAUUUGUUUUUCAGUAGAGUUCCUCUUAAAGAGGGUAUCUUGAAUCUUUCAGUUAUAUAAGUUUACCCCCGUUACAUAAACUUCUUUGGAAGAAAAUGAAACAUUUUAUAGAUUUUGUGUUUUCUCUACAUUUGUCCUUCAUAAACCUUGUUCCCUGAGAUUUUGUUGAGAAAAUCUAAAUCAAUGUCAGAACCUUAGAUGAAGUUGAACUUGUUUUCAGCCUCAGUUCAGCUAGAAAUCUAAAAAUCACACAUUCACAAAAAGACAUCCAAUGGUUCUACAUCUACACAAGAGCUGCAGCCCAAAUGUCCUCUACCCAUUUCAUAACCUUUUACAAGUUACGUGAUAAACCCAAUGACAUGAAUAUGCGUAGUAAAAUAAUGUGUUGGUUGUUUGGGGGGAAAACGAAAUACAAUAACAACUAUGCCAAUUAAGCGUAUUGACACUUGCUUCAAUAAACAAAAUGCUGAGUCAAUGAUGAAAGCAACUUUUACCUUUUUUUGUGGUGCAAUAUUCCUUUAACAUUCCACACUUCCCUCAAUUGAUUUGAAUGCUAAAAUUGAAAAUUGUCACACAAGCUGGCGCUUGUAUUGCCUUUCAUUAAUAUUAAGGUGCAAGGUUUCUUUAGGACACUGAUGGUGGUGCAUGUUCUGCAUGGUGUGGCUGAAAAAUACUUCAGCGGCUAUUUCUGAAAUAUAUU